AACAAAUAAGAAGGAAGAAUCUCGUGAAUUUAGACCAGCGGCGUGUAGAUGGUGCUUGUUGGCGUAGAGUAGAGCACUCACGGAGUGCUGCACAACCUGCCAUCGUUAUUUGUCGAGGAGCUGAGUCUUGUACAGGCGGCAGUGGGGAAACUAGCUGGGCGCGCUGCCGGAGAGAGCCAGAAAGUUUUGGUACUCACGCUUACGGGAAACAGUGUCACUCUUACGAUAGAAAGUCCAACAGUGCAGUGAACUGGCGCCAGUGUAGCCGUGGCGCCAGGCGGCCGCACACUUGUGCAACAUCCAGGAAGUAACCUUGUGUCUCUCUGCCAUUGACCUUGGUGGGUCGCGCUGGCAGCGUUCCCAACGGGACCGUUGACCCCGUCAGUGACUCGGCAGCAUGCAGCCAUAGUGUACGUUGAGGACAACACAGUGAUACCAGCAGGUUUACAGCAGGUGCGACGGUGCACACACUCACGAGUGACUUCGUGGUGUCGCACGUCAACAAUAUGGAGACGGAAUCUCCAUCAAUGUUUUCCAGUGAGUGCGUGUGAGCUACUUGUGAUUUGUGGUAAAUAAGAACACGACAGUGCUGAUUGAAUUCUCGGGAUGUCUGUGCACACACAAGACUACUGGUCGAACCGAGACUUGUCUCAGCAGUAUUAUCCACUGGGAGACUUCAACUACAACGCAGAAAAUGAUCCAGGAGCUGCGCUCUCUCCUGGAGUGGAAGAAACCUCCACUCUCGUCAUGCCAGCUCCUGUAAGGACGCAUCACCAGUCGCAUGAAUUUCACCAGAAUUGUGUUGAUGGAGGAGGCAGUGAUGGGUAUCACAGUUCUACACCAGAUGACCUGACAUCAGAGUGUUCACCUAGAGCGGAGCUGCCAGGUCAUGGGUCUUCAGGAAGCCGCCGCAUCAAGGAUCUAGUUGCGGAAGCAUACCCCAACCUGGAGUAUUAUCAGGCAGCUUAUCCUGCUACAACUGACCUCAGUAGCUUAGCACCAUCUUACUCUUACGCAGGCAGCAACUCCACGCCUGUUGGUAGUUGGGGUACCACACAGUAUUGUCCCUCUGAAUUAGACUCGAGUGUGCACCAAGAGCAUUUUACACCUCCCGAACAGAAUCCUUCAGUAGUAACACAUUAUAAGCCUCUCAGAAUCCGUCGAAGGCCUCCUAAAGUAGUGGGCAGUGAAGUUCUUCGUAAACGACGACUAGCUGCUAACGCUCGGGAACGACGGAGAAUGAAUGGCUUAAACGACGCUUUCGAGAAACUCCGGGAGGUGGUGCCAGCACUUGGCAACGACAGGAAACUCUCCAAAUUUGAGACACUACAAAUGGCACAAACCUACAUCACCGCCUUGGUGGAGUUGAUACGACGAGCUGAUUCUGAGAGUGGUGCGUCCUCUGCCUGAUACUUGGACUAUAGGUAAUAUAAACGAGGAAAAAAAAUCACAAUUGUGCGACAUUUGUGCUCUCAAAAGCUUGGUGAAAGUUCAAAUAUA